CACGACCGACGUUUAUUUGCUGCAACGGAGAUACUCAAGCGGAAGGCGGGAGACUGCGGGCUGGCGGCCGCGAAGGGCCCCAGGAAGCCCCCUCCCUCGGAUGUCUUCACUGGCGAGACUUCUCUGGAUUUGCGGUGGCUGGCAGCGGAGACCAAGGACGACGCGUGGCUGCAAAUGAGCGACAGGUGGGAGUUUUGCCCGCUGGACUUGCGGUGGCUGUCAGUUGCUACGAAUGAUCGGUCAUGGCUUUUAAAUAGAUUUGUUUGGCAGCGAAGUCCUCGAGACCUGCAGUGGCUUACAGUUAGUACUUAUAACAGAGAAUGGCUUCUUCUAGGAGCAUCUGAUCGCUGGAGAGGGGCCCAUCCUUCUUUAAAACUGCGGGCCAUAGAGACCCAGGACCCUAAUUUGCUGCGCCCUUCUUUAUCAGAAGCAGCACAGAAAAUAAUAGACAAUUGCAUGCAAAGGGAAAUACAAAAAGAAAUGGACAUACGGGAGGAGGUGUAUGCAUCUAAGAAGACACCGCACACGAUGGGGACCGGGAACGGGAUCGGGAUCGGUUCCUUCGACUCCUUCCGCCUCUCUGCCGGCGACCUCACUGCAGAUCCGGGGCUGCGAAAGCCCUUUACUAGCUUGCCAACAGCAGCAGCAGCAGCAGCAACAGAAAAAGCAGCAGCAGCAGACAAAGGGGGUCCCUCACACUUCCCAAAAGAGGGGACUGUACCCGCCUCUAAGCCCCCCGCAGCACACAGCGAGCCCCCCCCUUCUACUCCUUUCGUGCAGAAGACCGGCAGCAUUCCUCUCAAGAAAGCAGCAGAAGCAAAAGGAGCAGGAGCAGCAGCAACAGCAAAACCAACAGCAGCACCAGCAGCAGGCAUGGGGGGCCCCCCAGGAAAGAAGGACGGCCCCGUCUCUUCAGGUAGCAAAAUCGGGGGGCCUGCCUUAGGAAAGACCUCAGCCCCACCCAGUGCUAAGAAAGAAAUUCCUUCAGGUGUAAAGACACUUGGGCACCCAACUGCGCCAGAAGGGGUGCCAGCCCCACCCGCAGCGACAUCCAAGGGGCCCGCAACUGCAGCAAAAGGGGCUGGGGCCCCUCCAGCAGAUCUCGCUAAAAAGGGGCCCCCAGCAGCAGCAGGUAAAGGGGAGGGGGCCCUUCCAGCAGCUCCAAAGACCUUGGGGCCCCCAACCGCGAAAACUGCAAAAACAGGACCACCCAAAGGGACCACUGGUCUUCCAGCAGCAGAAGCUGGUGCUGCUGCUGCUACCAAGUCGGAGGGACCCCCAGGGCCCCCUGCGCCUAAGAAAGAAACCCCAUCAGCUCCAGCAGGAUCCAAAAAGGGGGGCCCCCUGGGGGCCCCAGGUGGGGGGCUCCCAGGUGGAAAGCCUACAGGGCACCCCGUAGGGAGAACUGUUCCUGCACCUACAAUCAAAUCGCUGUCUCCUCCUCCCCCCAAACCCUCAGGGCCACCAACACCAGCAGCAGCAGCAGCACCAGCAGCAGCAAAAGCAGCAGAACCAGCAGCAAAGGCAGAAACCGUAGCAGCGAAACCAACGGGGUCCCCAGGGGGGCCCCCAAAGGGGCCUGCUGCAUCGGGGUUGCCAAAGGGGCCCCCAGGGGGGCCAGCGGGGGGGCCCCCAGGGCCCCCUGGGUUGAAGAAGGCCUCCCCGCCACCGACUGAUGCAACGAAGAGCAUCGAAGGGAAAGAGGCAGCAGUACCCUCUAAGGGCCCCCCUCCCCCAGGCGGCUCACCAACACCGACAAAGGCGCCUUUGGGGGCCCCUGGGGGCCCCCCUAAGCCGCUGGGUGCCCCUGUAGCUGCUGGGGCCCCCAAAGAGAAAGCGGGGCUCCCCCCUUCUCCUGGGGGGUCGAAGGAAGCAAAGCUCCCUCCUGCUCCAGGAGCCCCCAAGGGAGCGGUGGGGGGCGGGGCCCCACCUGCCAAGCCGAAGGGACCCCCAGCUCCCCUCUCUAAGGACUCCACAGCCUCACCGCCUCCUAAGGACUCAGCAGCAGCCAAGCCCUCACCUCCGCCUACCAAGGAGAAGACGCCUCCACCCCCUCCUGCUGCAGCAACAAAACCAUCUUCACCUGCAGCAGGGGGCCCCCCAUCAGCAGCGAAACUCCCUCCUUCUCCUGGGGCCAAGGGGCCCCCCUCCUCAGCAGCUGCUCCUGGAGGCAAGGGGCCCCUCCCACCUAAAGGGGGCCCCCCGAAACCCACCCCAAAGGCAGCAGAAGGUGAACCCUCUCCCAGCCUUCCUAAAGAGUCGUCUCCUGUGAACAAGGGGCCCCCGGGAGGGCCCCCGAAAGGGCCCCCAGGGGGCCCACCCAAAGGUCCCCCAGGGGCGGCCCCCAAAGGGGCCUCAGAGGGGCCCCCUAAAGGGCCCCCAGGUGGUCCCCCAGGUACGGCCGCCAAAGGGCCUCCAGGUGGUCCCCCAGGGGCGGCCGCCAAAGGGCCUCCAGGUGGACCCCCAGGGGCGGCCGCCAAAGGGCCUCCAGGUGGACCUCCAGGGGCGGCCGCCAAAGGGCCCCCGGGGGCCCCCAAAAAGCCGUCACCACCAGCUGGGAAACUGCCGGGGGUCCCGCCCCCCAAACUGCUGCCUGGGCCUCCCAAGGCGAAGACCAAUGGUCAGUGA